AUUCACUGAAUUUGAUAGAGAGGCAGAUCAGAUCCCUGCAGCAGUCAAAGACGGCUACUUAGAUUAUGCUGCAGGUUCUUGGGCUGCUCACUACCGAAAAGCACAGCAUAGUGCAACCGAGCAAAUGUUACACUUUGUUUUCAGAGUCUGCGAUAACCGAUCCCAGAGGUUCAAGACAUGGUUCGAUGUGUACUGGCAAAUGGCUUACCAGUGGCACUCCAAUCCACAGUUCACUAGAAUUCUGAUGGUAGAGUCAUAUUUUGGGCACGAGGGUAUCGUCAAGCUGCUGUUCGAGGCUAAGGCCGACGCCGACUCGAAGGACGACGACGGUCGGACACCGCUACCGUGGGCGGCCGAGAAUGGGCGAUACGAGGGUGUCGUCAAGCUGCUGCUCGAGGCCAAGGCCGACGCCGAGUCGAAGGAUAACGACAGUCGGACGCCGCUGUCGUGGGCGGCCGCGAACGGGCACAAGGGUGUCGUCAAGCUACUGCUCGAGGCUAAGGCCGACGUCGACUCGAAAGAUAACUACAGCGGGACGCCGCUACCAUGGGCGGCCGCGAAUUGGUACGAGGGUGUUGUCAAGCUGCUAGAGUCCUUCAGCGCUAUAUCAUUUUCAGCCUCCUCCCCACUCACUACCUAAAGUCAUCCACGCUCUUAUAUAUUCUGUAUAAUUUUGACAAGAACUUCUAUUGCUUUGAAGUCAACCUGCUGUAAAUUCCAUGCGGUUCUCAGGUUAGUAAUAAUCGUCGGUUUGAUGUGCUAUGUGAUAUACUCACUUGACAGUCAAAUGCCUUCUGUUGCUACCAUACUCUCCGCAUUUAAUAGCGUUCUUUUGAUGUUAGCUUUAGC